AUGGCGUCUCUCUCCAGCCUGUCCGAGCUGUCGUUGGAGGGUUUGCUGACCCAUCACGGACUCUCAAUGCUCGGCCAGGUGAAUCCCAAGCUCAGGAAGCUUUCCAUCAGAAUGUCACGGAGUGAUUUGGACCCUAUGGACAUUUUCGAUGUUCUAACACGCCUGAGCAACCUUCAAACACUAAAGAUCAGCGAGGCCAAUUUUCAGGAGGAGGGACGGAGACCAGGCUCACAAAGGAGCCGAAUUCCCGUCAUACCGUCUAUAACAAGGCUUAACCUCCGCUACUACCGAGAUGUCCCCGGACUGAGGCUGUCACCCGUCCGGCUCUCAUUCACCGUAGGAACGUGCGAGCCCUCGUUCUGGGAAACGUUACUUGGCAACUUACCGAGGCUCCGUGCUCUUGAAGUGACAUUGCGGAGUUUACGCUUGGCAAAUCUGGAAGAAGUGUCGCUCAUUCAGUGGACGAUCGCGAUGGUGCCGGCGAGAUUGCAUGCGUUGUCCCGGCUCGUCGCCGAAAGUGUUCCGUCGAUGGAGCUGUUUGCAGUCGGCCUUGCCGGUCGUUGGCCGAAACCAAACUGGACGCACUGGACGCGAAUACGUCUUAACGGGGACAAUCAGCGUGUCGCACAGGAUGAGUCCAUAGUCAAAAACGAACGUCGGUUGUCGUUUGCAACAAGCAGCAGCUCUAGAGCGUACGACGUCGAUCGCUUUCACAUUGCACUCAACAGACUGGGUCAUGUUCUGAGAUAUGGCGAGGCGUCCAGCGCCACUGCCACAUAA